AUGCCAAUGCCUACGGCGAUGCAGGAGCCUAUGUCAGAAGCGAACAAGGUUGCUAAUGCAUUGAAAGCGCGGAAACGGACCAAGACUGGCUGCUUGACAUGUCGCAAGAGACGGAUCAAGUGCGGCGAAGAGCGCCCAACUUGCAAAAAUUGCACCAAGUCAAAACGAGAAUGCGAGGGCUACAUUCCACGGGUUAUCUUCAAGGAGCCCGCUGGUGGGUCAGGCGUGCCACUGCAAGGUCCCUAUUAUGCGCAACCAGGCUAUGGCGGCGUAGAUUCGGCCAACUUCUACGGUAUGGCCUCGGGGGGCUCUGCAGACACUGCCUCUUACCCUGCAAUUGCCCCACGUCCGUCGUUCAAUGCUGGCCACCCGGGCUAUGGACAGCUCAGUAACGGUGCAUACUGGACCCCGGGCGAUAGUUCAGCAUUUGGGUAUAUGAAUCAGCCAUACUCAGCAGCGUCAACUGCACAUGCGAUCCCGUACUCAUUGCCUCCUCCGAUCGAUACAUAUAGCACAGCAACAAGUUAUGCGUACCCUCAUGUGACCGCGGAUGCAGGUACACCUCUCCCUUCACAUACGUCUAGUACCAGCAACGGCGUUAAUUCUACACCUGUUCAGAGCGCGAUGCCAACAUGGCCUUACAGUCCGGCGUCAACCAUUUCCCACGCAACGCAGCCCACACAAACCCCUACACAAUCUAACUUCAACCAAGCUGAUAUUUUUCAGCCGCAAAACCCCCACCCUCCACUCUGGGCGAGCCAGCAAUAUACAAUGGAAGCCCACAUAAACCAUGUACAACUUUCAGAUAGAUAUUUGCAGCCGAUACAAGACUCGGCGCAGGACUUUAUUAAUGACCAAGUGCAAUUCUCUAAUCAAACUUACGGUGCAGAUGUUCAACCGAUUGCCGUUAAAGAGGAACCAGAAGAUGACUGGUUUGAUGUGGAAUCAGACGACGAAACGCAAGCCGCAAAGGUAGAUAAAGAGCACGCUGAGAUCGGCGUCCUCUUACACAAUAAUGCAUCUCAGAAUAACGGUGACAGUAGGUCGUUGACCAGCUACCUAAACGAGCCAAAUAUUCUCUCGACAUACAACCCCGCUUACGCAGCAUCUCCCCUCAAGGACCCACAGACGGCCCGCAUUUUUUGCCAUUUUAUUACUUCGACUGGACCUACACUUCAUGUUUGUGAGAGGCAUCCAUCGAAUCCUAGUGUCAUAUUCUCCGGACGCCCAGUCCCAAAGCCCCAGCAGGCGCUGUGGUCGUACACGCUACCAAUGCUGGCAUUACACCACCAAGGUCUUCUCCAUGCAAUGCUUGCUAUAUCAAGUCUUCAUAUUGCAAAACUUCAACAAACAUCGCCCACACCAUCUCUUCGUCAUUAUCAUUACGCUCUACGACGUGUUGCGAAGGCUCUUGGCGAUUGCAAGAAGCGGCGUGAGCCAGCCACGCUGGCAGCUACCUUGCUAUUGGGCUACUAUGAGGUUACUACUGCAGAGCAUAAUAAGUGGAACAGCCAUCUUUCAGGUGCAAGGGAGCUGGUUAUGGAUAUCCCUUACGCAAGGAUGUCUAAGAAAGUGGAAGCUUACCGGCGCAAGCAGGACGCCGACGAGGCUGAGCAGAGGGCCGUAUGCGGCGACACUUUUUUGCCAGACACCGCGGCUAGAAAGUACAAAGAUAUCUGCAUCUUGAACGACAAGCGACUCGACAAGGGCCUACUCAGCACUAUCAUGGGUUGGGAUGUUAGACCAGAUAAAGCUGGGAAGAUCCUCAAUGGUGAAAUGGGCAGCCCGGAGCCGGGAGAGACAGUUUCACAGAAGGAUGUCGACGAGUACGAAACCCAAGUUGACCUCUUCUGGUGGUACGCCAAGCAAGACACGUACCAAAGCAUCAUUAGCGGCAACCGACUCUUGCUGUCUUAUGAAAGAUGGGCUCAUGUGCCUCCAAGGGCUCCAAUUGGAAGACCUGAUGCGGUUCAUGGAACCAUGGAUCAUCUUCACCUUCUCAUGGCACGCCUAGCGGACUUCGCCGGCAAGGAUCUCUCCCGCAAGAAGCGUGCUCACAUCGAGGCCGAAAGGGCGGCGAAAGCAGCCCGCAAUUCUCCACCCUCCUCGAGCAGCACAAGCCCUACUCGUCCGCCGCCCAUGUACGGCAUGAUUCCGGAUCCAGGCCCCGUCCGUGUUCCCACCGGCUUCUCCCAGGCCGAGCACGACAAGCUCUACACCUCUCCCACAAAUGCUGAUUCCCAGCCGUUGGACAUCGCCUUUGCCGAAGCGCAAACAGAAUGGACCUCCAUCGCGCACGCCUUCGACGUCCUGUUCUCGGCCCUAGGUCCAUCCUACGAGCCACUCUCCGCUGAACACAUGACUCCCCUCUCCACCCCUUUUGGGCCGGCCAUGUACUACCGCUCCUACGGCAUCGCCUGCGUUCUUUGCCUCUACUACUGCGGCCGCAUCAUUCUUACCCGCGUGCACCCCUCCAUGCCUCCAGCAGCCAUGGUAGCUUCAGGGGUCGCAGCCCCACACACCGCCUCCUACGCCAACACCAUCGGCCGAAUCUGCGCCGGUAUCCAACCCGUCAGUAACACUGCCCCUCUCGUCCCCCACCACGGCGCCGCCCUCAUGGACGUUUGCAUGGGCCUUUUCCACGCCGGCAUCCAAUAUCGUGACCCAGCGCAACGAGGCUGGAUGAUCACCAAACUUCGCGACGUGGCGCGUCUCACGGGUUGGCAGACCUCGUCGCUAAUCGCGAGCGGGUGCGAGAGGGCCUGGAUGCAUUUUGCGGAUUUAGGAAAGGGGCCGCCGUAUGAGCGGACGAUGAAUAAGGGGGCUAAAGACGAUAGAGUUGCUGGGCGGAGCAGGGAUCCCAGCCAUUUGAUGGGCGAGCCGAAGGAUAAUAAUGAUAGGAGGUUUGUGAAGGUUAAUGCGGGGACAAGGGUUUACUGGGCGAUGGGGAUAUUGAGUAUGGAGGAGGAUAUGAAGGAGAUGAAUCUGGGAGAGUGA